CCUGGUUCAGUAUCUUACGGGGAAGGAGGAGGGGACUACGUAUUUUACUGGAGAUCGGGCAGUCACGCUUCCUGCUCCGGACUUAGGGCCACUCAUGUUCCCGAACACCGAGACGCUCCGGAGAGAUGAACCCCGCUAAGAGGAGCGAGAGUGACUGGCAGGGUUUGGUGAGUGAGUUCCUGGUUUGCAAGCGCAAACUGGAGAGCAAGAAGGAGGGCCUGCUGAUCCUGUCCAAGGAGCUGGACUCUUGUCAGCAGGAGCGGGACCAGUACAAGCUGAUGGCCAGUCAGCUGAGGGAGCACCACCAGAGCCUCAAAAAGAAGUACAGGGAGCUCAUUGACGGUGAUCCCACUUUGCCACCCGAAAAACGAAAGCAGGUGAACCUAGCUCAGCUGCUGAGAGACUCCCGGGAAUGCAACAACCAGCUGUCUCAGGAGGUGGAGGAGCUGAACCAGCGGCUAUUGGAAGCCCGGGGAGAUAACAAACUCCUGAGGAUGACCAUUGCUAGGCAGCGGCUGGGGGAUGAGGAGGUGGGGGCACGAUAUUUCCCCCCACACGAGCGAGAGGACCUCGUCCGGCAGCUGGAGGAGGCCGGGCUACAGAACCGGGGGCUGGAGCAGAACCUGCGAGAGGUAACGGAUGAGCUGCAGGAUGUGCAGGCGGAGCGGGUGGCGCUGCAGGAGAAAGCCGAGCGGCUGAAUCGUGAGCUGGCCCGUGUGCUGGGGGGACACGAGGACCGCCUCGUUGACCUGGAUGCCCUCUGCAUGGAGAACAGAUAUUUACAAGAACGAUACAAGCAGGUCCAGGAAGAAGUCCGCCUGCUCCGGGCUAAUAUGAUUAAGUACAAGCAGGAGAAUCUGGAACAGAGGAGAACCACCAGAACAGACAUGAAGUUUGACAGCAGGGCCCAUCCAGGGAUCUUCUCUGCCAGGGAAGUGCAGGACCUCCUGUACGGGAGCAGUGGCUACAGUCUCCCCUCCACCCCCCAGUCCACAGCAGACCUCUGGUCUUUGACCACAACUCUGUUAGAGACUGUUCAGGAGCAGAACUUGGUCAUCCAACAUCAACGCAAGACGAAUAAAAUUCUGGGGAACCGUGUGGCAGAGCUUGAGAAGAAGCUGAAGACCUUGGAGCUGUCGGGCCUGUGGAGCCUUCCAGGAGGAAGGGACACCAUUAGCUUGAGUGAGAUCGCGGGUCUGCGGCCCCCCCAGCACCCCGAGCCCUCCUGGCCGGCCGAAGCGUCACCGACGGCGACACCGGGAGAGCAGCCACCCGAAGAUGACAGGAUGGAAAGUGGAGGAGCGUCGCCAUGGGAACAUGCCACAGCUGCCGAAAACAGCCACCCAAAAGCAUGGCCGGGCUCCCGGGCCGGUCCAGAUGGUAGCGGCGAUGUGGGCGCACCUGUUUUUCCGGACCUGUCCAUGAGCAGUGGCUGCGGAGACGGUGACGGGACGGCUGCCGAGGAGAGCGCGGAACGCCCAGCAGCGGGAAUCGUGAGGCUGGAGGAGGCGCGUGGCACUGCUGAGCCGGGGCCCGACAGGAUGAGGAGGGAGGAGGAGCAGGCCGCAGCCUCGGCAAAGCCUCCGUUGAGCCCCGGAUCUCCCGCGGUGUCACCGGUGACAGGCCUGCGCUUGCCGCCCUCUGUGGAAGACCACGCCCCAGGAGAAAAUCUUCCUGGGGUCGCAGGUAUAGCUGAAGGGCCUGAACCUAAAUCCUCACCGCAGGCUCUGGACGCCAGCACCUCCUCCCACAGCCAGGACUCUGCUUCCGGCAGUACAGUGAAGCGGAGCGACAGCUUCUGCCGUGAGAGUCUGGCGUAGUCCUCUCCCUGCAGCCCCUCAUUCGGAAGAGAGCUUGGGGGGCUGUUAGGGCCCCUAUGAAAUAGAGCAACACUCAGGGACUGGGGGGGGGGCUCCCGCGGGGAGGGGAGAGCGAGCCUGUCCGCCAGGUGGGAGAUGAAGCAGCCGGUGGUGGGCUCCGCGUCACCAUAGCUUCCUCACACCGCUGCGCCCUGCCGCCUCACGCGGCGGGUCGAUCUCGCUUUCUGCUGUACAUACUUGUCAGGAAGGUAGGAUUCUUUUCGGUGAUUCACCACUUGUUUUGUGUGUGUGUGUGUGUGUGUGUGUGUGUGUGUGUGUGUGUGUGUGUGUGUGUUAUUCAGUUGAAUGAAUUGUUGCAUCUUGUUUCCGUUUCCUUUACAUUACCAGGAGGUUUUUGGGCCUCCACCUAACUUUCC